CAGUUUAUCCUCAUAUGAGGUGCCAUUAACAAGUACUUGCAGAGCCAUGCAAAUACAAACUGUUUCUGCACAUUUAUUCAUAUGCCUGUACUUUGCAGAUAUUUUGAUGAGUUAUGCCGCCUGAAGGAUAUUGAGAACACCGAGGAACAAGCGGCGCUAGACUUCUUCCUGCUGUGCCUCAACACCCUGCCAACUCACCUGGACUACAGGAUGAUGCUGGAGGAGGCCGGAUUUGAAGUCACGGUCCAGGACAUUUCUGACUCGUACAAAGAGUUCACGCACAAGCGCUGGAAGAAGUGGGUAGAACAACGCGAGAAGUCCGUGCGUCUGUACGGGGAGGACAUGGUGCAGGGCUGGCUCAAACUCUACGUCACCGCCAGGAAACUGUGCAACGAGUUCGGGCUCAUGGGAGGGGGGCGCUUCGUCGCUCGCAAAGUGUGAGCUCUUGAAGAUUACUGUAAAGGCAAAAACUUUCGCGGUUAUUUAAUGUUCGCGGUGGCCGCCUCACGGCGAACGUAAAACCACCGCGAAGAUUUUUCUUAAGCAGUAAGAGACUACAGUGCAUGGUGCUACCGCGAACUUUAAACCACCGCGAACAUUUUCCAUGGCAGUACGAUAUUACAGUGCAUGGUGCUACAGCAAACUUAAAACCACCGCGGACUUAAAUGCAUUUACAGUACUCACUCGUUUUUGCUUUUGCUAUAAUCAACUUAAAGAAGAGUAUUUAGUAAUUAUAAAUACGCCCUUUAACUUUAAUUUCAAAGACUUUUUUUGACCAUUUAGGGGGAAUGCUAUUGAAAGGAUAUGGAGUUGAUGCAGAGGAAGAGAAGACUUGUUUGAAGAAGAUAUAAGCAUAAAAUGUUUCUUUCUUGUUGUGUUUGUAGCAAUACAACGGUUUGUAGCAUAAAUUUGUAGCUAUAGGAAUUGCUCUCAUGUCAAGGAAGUAGCGACAAAAGAUUUCAAAACAAUACAAAUAAAAAUAGAAGAAUUAA